CUCAAACUGUGAUGUGAUAGAUGUUGAGGACAGUCGGAUUUCUGUGUAUUGCAGCAAAGUAGACGGCAACCAUCUGCUUUCUGUAUAAUGCUAAAUGAAAGGCCAAGAUCACAGUAGCCAUGAAUUCCAGGAUGUUUUUCGUUCUGUUGGGAUCUGUGUACUUCUACUAUCAGGUCCUUGCAGCAGGUGGUGAUGCUGUCUUCAUUUCCGAGAUGAUGGUGGAAAGUAAUGUCACACUGGAUGCCAAAACCAUCCUCUCAGCUUUAAAUACUACAAGUGACCUCCAAGUGGAUGGUAAAAGUGUGACUCUCUUGGACAGUGAACUGGUGGCAGAAUGUCUGAUUACUGGAGAUGACACCACUUGCGACUGCUCCACUGGGUACAUUUGGAGCAAUCACAUAUGCUACAAUUUCAACUGCUGUCGUGAAGCUACAUGCAAACAAAAUGUGUCCGACAUUGAACCAAUAUGCAUUGCCAAAGUCCAAGUUCAAAUCAAUGGAGAGGUCAUUAAUUACCCUGGAACCUGGAAUGUUGUCAAAACUGACAAGCUUCGACAACACUUUGGAAGUCUGAAUGGCUUUGAGUCCCUGAAUGUAACCGGUCAGAGGGGGGAAGACACAGUGGCGGACUUUGUGGCAGCUGUCAGCGUCAAAUUUGACACUUCGAAGCUUCAAGAGAUAGUGACGAAACUGGAAGACGAACUUAGUGCUGUACUUUGGGUCAACACUCUAGGAAUGGUCACCAUUGAGUCUCCAGAGUCGACAGUUUGCUACGAGUCUGACCCAAAACUUAGCUGCUCAUUUGAACAAGCGUCAGACAGUGCUGGCUGGAACCUGACCAUAGCAGAUAGGCGCUUUGGGCUCAACAAAGGCAGUGUGGUGGAACUGGCCACCUGUGAUGAUUUCCUGUCUUGCACUUCAGUUACACUCAAAAAGGUGACAGGCAUCUGGUCAGGCACAUACGAGUGUGGAUUCACUCGUGGCUCUGUCAGACACACAGCCAAGGCACAACUGAAUGUGGCGGUCCUGCCUGAUGAGAUCACCCUCACGACCUAUCCUCUUACUGUAGACUGUUCAGACAAGGUCACUAAUCAAGUUGUUAAAGUCACCGCCACCAUCAAAAACAGCACAGAGAGCUAUAAAGUUGGGUGGAUCUAUCAAGAGUCACCGCAGACAGAACAGACAGGUCCCAAGCCUGAUGGAGAUAACCUAGUCUAUACUUGUGAUGUUAGUAUCAGUUGCACGGAAACCGACCAAGCACAUAAUGUUAAUGUCACAUUUGAGAACUCAAAGAACCAGACAAAAAGUAGUAAAGUGGCUAUCCCAGUAAUUUACGCGGGUAAAAAAUUUUGCAAGGCGGAUGGAUACGAUUGGCCAAAUACCCCAGAUGGAGACACAGUGAUUAAUCGAAAAUGUCCACCAGGCAGAGUUGGCUUUAAGUCACGCACUUGUGAACGGGAAAUCUGGAAAGAUGUGUUUUCUUCCUGCAUCAACGAAGAGUUGCAAAAAGUUUCAAAUGCUGCAGACAACUUCCUGAAAGGACUAGGGGCUACCCAGGAAGAUGCCCUGGAUAUUUUUGAAGGACUUCUAAACAGCUCUUCAUCAAAUUCUGAUUCCAACCACACUAUGGCCGACGUUGCAGCUUCAGUCAAUGUUCUUAAUGUGAUGUCCGAAGCAUCAGAAAAUUUUGAAUUGCAAAUGGAUGUCCUUCCUGAUUUUGUUGAGUCAGCUAGCAAUAUGUUGAACAAAUCCUGGAAUGGGGUCAAUGCAUCUAUUACACAGAACCUUUCUUCAACUUACCUCCAGUCUGUGGAAGGGCUGGUGAAGAAUAUCAAGAUCAACAGUAGCUAUGGCAGAAAUAAUUAUUCCACUCAAAAUUUAGACCUCAAAUUUUGCUCAGGUGACAACUGUAAUGUGACUGUAUUUAACAUCAAUGUGAAUCUAAACAGGACCACUGGAAUGUUGAAAACUGUGGCUGUGAAAAAUUUAAUGGAUAAAUUAAAAAACAACUUUGAAGACAGAGCAACAGCAAUCAGCCUCUUACUAUCAGCCUCUGUGGAGGACAAUGAGAACAAUACUCAUGAUCAGAGUUUAAAAAUUAAGAUGGUGUUCCCCCCGGAGCUGAAUGGCACUAAAAAACAUUUGUGCGUCUUCUGGGAUACCAAAAACAGGCAAUGGUCAAAAUCGGGAUGCAAUGCCAGACCCUCAGAAAACGGCACAGUCUGCGAAUGCAACCACCUGACUUCAUUCUCUGUCCUCAUGUCCAAGGGGGCUGUACCUGACCCAGUCCUAGAUAUCAUUACCACCGUGGGCCUGGGUGUGUCCAUCUGCUGCCUGCUCAUCUUCCUCCUUGUUGAGUCUCUAGUGUGGUCCGCUGUUGUCAAGAGCAACCUUUCACAUUUCCGUCACACAGCCAUAGUUAACAUUGCAACAUUCCUCUUGAUUGGUGACUGUUGUUUCUUGGCUUCCGCCGAUCCUGAAAAGCUCAGCGACACCUUGUGCCUAGUUCUAACAAUAAGCAAGCACCUGUCUUUUUUGGCCAUGUUCAGCUGGAUGCUGUGCAUGAGUGUCAUGCUCGUCCACCAGCUCAUCUUCGUCUUCAGUCCGCUGAGGAAACGAGUCUUCAUGUUCUUCUCCAGCAUCGUAGGCUAUGUUUGCCCAAUCUUAAUAGUGGGAUCUAGCUAUGUGUAUUGCAAGUACACAGAUACGGACUACUAUACAAAAGACACUGGAUGCUGGCUAGUUUUUGAAGCACUCUUGAAGGGUUCCAUACAUGCUUUCCUCCUCCCUGUCGGAACUGUUAUUCUGACAAAUCUCUUUUCCAUGGUGGUUGUCAUUCUUACUCUGGUGAAAUCUAAUAUCCCUGAGGGCAAGGCAGAUGACAAAGAGACAGCCAAGAGCAUCCUGAAAGUGGUGGUCUUUCUCACGCCUGUCUUUGGAGUGACAUGGAUCAUUGGCUUCGCUCUGCUCCUGUUGGACAAUACAGAUCCCAUGUACAAAGUUGCUGACUACGCCUUUACCAUCCUCAAUUCCUUCCAGGGCCUUUUCCUUUUGAUAACAGGAUGUUUUGCAGAGCAGAAGGUUCGAGAGGAAGUGUUGAAGCUCAUAAAUAAAAAAUCAAACGGAAAAAGUGAGAGCACCAAGAAUUUGACCUCAUACACAAAAGACAAAUGAAGACCAAGAUUGCGGAGGUGGAAACAGCAACUCAUAUGUAUGCAGCUCCACUUUUUGACUACAACUCUUAGUGACUGUUUUGUGUUAGAUUAUAGCUCCUACAGCUCCGAUAUUAUAGAUAAUUUUCCUUCAUCUAUAAUCAUGUAAAACUCGUUAUAUGGAACUGAUGUUUUGAUAAUAUUUCUUGAUUUGAUAGAACUACCGUUAUAAUGAUUAGUAGCACUGAUGGUCUCAAGAGAGGCUGACAAAGAUUUAGUUUAAAAUUAAAUCCUGUUUCAGGGAGUAAUACGUAACUCUAGAUAAUGCAUACAUUUAGGCAGAGGUGUAGACUCAAGUCACAUGACUUGGAUUCAAGUCAGACUCGAGUCAUGAAUUUGAUGACUAUUGACUAGAUUUGACAAAAUGUUAAGAGACUUGCAACUCGACUUGGACAACUUGUGACUUCACUUGGACUUGAGCCUUUUGACUUGAAAAGACUUGCUACUUUCCCCACAACCCAGAGAUUAAAAUGUAUGUUAAGGACCGCUCUAUCUCUCUUUGUGUAAAUGUGUGCAUCUCUCGCUGUGAUUGUGUGUGUGUGUCUGACGUGUGCUGUCGGCCACGUUAUUUUGAUCCGACAGCAUCCAUCCAAUCAAAUUGCAGGACAACCAAUGAAGAAGAACCGUCAACAAACGGUGCCGGUUGGCAAAAAUGAUACCAAAGAUAGUUUUUAUACCAAAACGAAACUAUCAACUAUCUACUUUUGUCAAUAAAAAAAGAAUUCCAGUAUGCAAAACAAGCAAAAAUUACAGACGGAGACGCAACAACUUCCAACUUCGUGUGAAGUUUGAAGUUGCACAAAGUUUUGAAUGAAUGCUAACGCUAGCUUCUCGGCUAACUUUGCUAGCAGCAGUGCUAAAUUAGUGAGAAAAAAACUACCACGGACAAUAUGAGAUGAGACAAGACAGGACAGAAACUGCUGUGGAACUAGUUAAAGUGCAAUAUGCUCUUGUUAUGCACUUGUGUUUUUUCAAAUGUGUUUGAAGAAUGCUCUUGCAAAAAUGAAAAAUAUAAAUUAUUUUUCCAUUUGCAUUAUCACUUUUUGCAUUUGCAUUAUCACUGCAAAAGUGAAACAUUACUAAACUGUAACUGUGUAGCUUGAGGGAGAAGUUUUAGAUCCAUACUCUCUCAAACCACUUAAUUGGAUGUUGUGCAUGGAUUGACUGUAUAUAGAACAGAGAUUUUUCUUAACAAGUUUGACUCGGUGUGACAAUUUAGUUUUAAAGGAAAGUAUGUAAGUUGACACUGUUUGAUUUGAAUUAUAACCUGAAUAGUAUGUGUGUAACCAGGGUAUGUAUCCCAAAUAUGUAUUGAAAUAAA